AUGGCGAGUGCUCGUUCUGCGAUUUCACGGCUAGGUUUGGGUCGAUCCUUGUGGGAGAAUCAGAUCGUUGCAUCGACACGAAGAUCGGCGAUUCGGUGCUUCAGCGACGAUACAGGUCGAAUUCUCAGCGAAGAGGAACGCGCGAAAGAGACCAUGUACAUCCAGAAAAUGGAGAAGGAGAUACAGGAGAGAAAGAAGAAACUUGAGCAACAAAAAGCAGAGAGUGAGAAAGGAAGUGCAGGGAAGAAACCUGAGGGAAGCAAGCCCUGA